CGUUCUACGCGCAAGCGUUUUGUUUAUAGCCGGCCCCUUCAUCUUCAUCCGGCCCGUUGCCCGUUGGAUCAGAGACGCUUAGCGACCAUUGCCGGCCCUUGUUCUCUGUCUGUCUGUCUAUGCUAUAAAGCAGCCAGCCCACAAGGUUGCAGCGCAUCGACUCGCAUUUUUGGCUCUCCUGAUCAGUGCGGUGCUCUCGCCACUCCAGCCUCAAGUUUUCCGUUCGCCACUUGAGAUCCUUCUCCAAACAGGAGCGACGGUUUCGCUCCAUCUGGGUCCAGGCCCGGUGCCUUUCCUUUGACGACGUACGGCCAUGGCGGAGGUCGGCAUCGAGGCGGCGCGCUGGGUGGUCGGGAAGGCGCUAGGCCCCGCCUCGAGUGGGCUGCUGGAGGCGUGGGCGGCCAGCUCCGAGCUCGGUCCCAACAUCCGGGCUCUCAGGAUGGAGCUGCUCUACGCACAGGGGAUGCUCAGCAACGCCCGUGGCCGCGGCUACGGCCAUGGCCCGGAGAUCAAAAACCCGGCCCUGGGAGAGCUGCUCCGGGAGCUCCGGGACCAGGCGUACCGGGCCGACGACGUGCUGGACGAGCUCGACUACUUCCGCAUCCAGGACGAGCUCGACGGCACCUACCAUGCGGCGGAUGAGCAUGCCGGGGGCUGCCUCCGCAACCACGCUCUGAAUGCUCGCCACACCGCAAGAAACAUCAAGAAGAUGCUUGGCUUCUCCAAGUGCUCCGGCGGCUCUGCUGACCAUGAUCAAGCUGAUGAAGAAGAACAAGAUGCAAGCCGAGGGGUCCUCUGCAGGGCAGCUUGGCCAUGUGCAAGGAUCUCAUCGACGCCGCCACCUAACCAGGACAGCCAAGAGGCUGACGGCGGCUGCAUGGGUAGGCUUGCCUCCGGUGCCCGUGGCACCGUCCCCACUUUCGGUAAAUGCCUUCCAUGCCACUCUGUUUCCAAUCCUCAAAAUGUUGGCACCUGCACCGGCUGA